GUCUCAGCCGCCUAAGUGUCCUCCUCACAGGUGUGAUUAUCUCAGCCUGGGCUGACGUCUCCCUCCACCCGCAGCCAUGGACGCUGCUCUGCUGCUGAACGUGGAAGGGGUCAAGAAGACCAUUCUGCACGGGGGCACGGGGCAGCUGCCAAGCUUCAUCACCGGAUCCCGAGUGACCUUCCAUUUCCGCACCAUGAAAUGCGACGAGGAGCGGACAGUGAUAGAUGACAGCAAGCAGGUGGGCCACCCCAUGCACAUUAUCAUUGGGAACAUGUUCAAGCUCGAGGUCUGGGAGAUCCUGCUGACGUCCAUGCGGGUCGGCGAGGUGGCCGAGUUCUGGUGUGACAUCAUCCACACCGGGGUCUACCCCAUCCUGUCCCGGAGCCUGCGGCAGAUGGUUGAGGGCAAGGACCCCACGGAGUGGCACGUGCACACCUGUGGGCUGGCCAACAUGUUCGCCUACCACACGCUGGGCUACGAGGAUCUGGACGAGCUGCAGAAGGAGCCGCAGCCUCUGAUCUUUGUGAUUGAGCUGCUGCAGGUCGAGGCCCCGAGUGAGUACCAGAGGGAGACCUGGAACCUGAGCAAUGACGAGAAGAUGAAGGCGGUGCCCGUCCUCCAUGGGGAAGGAAAUCGGCUCUUCAAGCUGGGCCGCUACGAGGAGGCCUCUGCCAAGUACCAGGAGGCCAUCGUCUGCCUGAGGAACCUGCAGACCAAGGAGAAGCCCUGGGAGGUGCAGUGGCUGAAGCUGGAAAAGAUGAUCAACACCCUGAUCCUCAACUACUGCCAGUGCCUGCUGAAGAAGGAGGAGUACUACGAGGUGCUGGAGCACACCAGCGACAUCCUGCGCCACCACCCAGGCAUCGUGAAGGCCUACUACGUGCGCGCGCGGGCUCACGCCGAGGUGUGGAACGAGGCCGAGGCCAAGGCGGACCUGGAGAAGGUGCUGGAGCUGGAGCCCGCCAUGCAGAAGGCGGUGCGCAGGGAGCUGCGGCUGCUGGAGAACCGCAUGGCCGAGAAGCAGGAGGAGGAGCGGCUGCGCUGCCGAAGCAUGCUGGGCCGCCGCGCCGCGGAGCCGCCCGGAGCGGACCAGCCAGCGGAGCCCCCGCAGCAGCCCCUGUCCCCACAGGAGCCCCCGCAGCCGCCUCUGUCCCCACAGGAGCCCCCGCAGCCGCCUCUGUCCCCCCCGGGGCCCCCGCAGCCGCCCCUGUCCCCCCCGGGGUCCCAGCAGCCGCACUGACCCCUCUGCGGCCUGCACCCAGGCAGGGAUCUAGCUCAUGGCCCCCGGCAGUUCUGGUCCAGUUGACCA